AGUUCAUCUACACAGCUAUACUCAUACAGACUGCACUUUCAGAUUAGGGACGCUCAGAAGACACCAAAGCAUUUGAACAUGUCCGCCGUACACGAUACCAACAAAGCCUGCUGCUCGAUCCCUCCGGUCCAAUCCGACUACAAGUCCAAGGGAUCCUACCAGAAAGUCGGACAAUUCGACAAGGCUUAUGUUGUGGGUGAUUCGAAGACGCAUGCUCUGAUCUGUAUCUACGACAUCUUUGGGUUCUUCCCCCAGACCGAACAGGGAUCGGACAUCGUGUCCCAAGCCCUUUCUGGGACCAAGGUCAUCAUGCCCGAUUUCCUGCAAGGAAAGCCUUGGCCGGAGGACAACUUUCCCCCAAAGACGGACGAGGACAAGCAAAAGUUGCAAGAAUUCUUCGGGACCACGGCGAACGUCGGGGACCGACUCGCCGAGCUCAAAUCCGUCGCAUCCACGUUGAAAUCGGAGGGAUACACCCACAUCAGCCUUUACGGAUUCUGCUGGGGAGGCAAGGUAGCCACAGUCGCCGCUGGAGAGAAAGACCUGUUCAAGAGUGUGGCUAUCGUUCAUCCGGCAAUGUUGGACGUCAAGGAUGUUAACGGUAUCGAAGUACCUUUCGGGUUUUAUCCCUCGAAAGAUGAGCCGAGCGAUACCAUCAAAGAGUUCCAGGAAGCUCUCAGCAAGAAGGCGUUUGCCGAUAAGAACGACUACAAGCACUACGAAAACAUGCAUCAUGGUUGGGCAGCUGCUCGAGCCGAUCUCAAGGAUCCCGAGAACAAGAAAGCGUUCGAGGAUGUGUAUGGUCGAUUGGCUACAUUCUUCGGAUCGAACAACCAGUAGAUGUGGUAGAAGAAGCCCAUAUCGAGAGGCUAGCUCGGUUUCAGACCCGGUGGCCAAGAUGAAGCGAAUAUCCGUUGGUUGUACUCGAGUAGGACACACAGUAUCAAAUGAACGCCGACCAUGAUGACCAUGACUAUGAUGGUCAUGUGAUCACGUGACCAU